AUGGAGCAAAAUGCCCUUCUCCCAGGCCGACGUCCAGCCCGCAUAGGCGGGCGUGAAGAGGAGAUUGUGAGAUCAUUGCACAGUAACACACAUGAACUUGCAUCGGAAAAAGGCCUCAACGAUAUCGAUAUACUGCUCGUUAACAAUACCACAGAAGCUGCCAGGAAAGACAAGGAAAAAGGGUUAUAUGUUCCAAGUCGGCCUCAUGAAGUACGACCCUACGAUCACACAGGUGUUGUUGUCACACUUGGUAGCCAGAAUCGCCUCGAGCUCCAGCUGAACGAUCCCUCACCAGCUCCCUAUGACAUAGAGCCGAUGAUGAAGCUACAGAGCCAACACAAAAUGUGCUUGGCUUGCACAGAUGCCAUCGACUACUUUUGUCGCUACCGAGAACUACGCUGGACGUGGAAUGAAAAUAAUGAGGAGCCAUUUCCCAUUCCUAGUAACGUUGUCCAUCACUACAAUCUAUGGUCGCUCAUGGCGUUCGCCCAAAUCCACAAAUGCUUCAUUUGUCAGGAGCUAUGGGCUCGGAUACAAUUCUACUAUCCGAGCUUGGAACCUGAGCAGCUCCUCAAGUUCCGGAUGGAGUGUGCAUGGGCUAAACGGUGCCUGAACACGGAAGAGGAUAAGAUUGUCUUCAUGAUGUUUGACCCAGAUAUUCCCAAGGAGCCCGUCUGGAACUAUAAACGCUUCUGA